AUGCAUCUAGGCUGGCUCUGUGCCACCGGCUGGGAAUGUGCUGUAGUGUCCAUUGCCUUUCUAGGGGGUACAAUUAUCCAGGGACUGGCUGUCCUCAAUUAUCCAGAAUAUGUCUUCAAGAGAUGGCAUGUCACUCUUAUUACAAUCGCGAUCGCUCUUUUCGCGGUUCUGUUCAACACAUUUCUUGCUAAAAGGCUUCCUCUUGUGGAAGCAUUUGUGCUGAUUCUCCAUGUUGCCGGCCUUUUUAUUAUUAUCAUUCCACUUUGGGUAUUGGCACCUAUUAGCGAUGCAACGACGGUGUUCGCCCAGUUCUCGAACAGUGGCGGGUGGAGUGAUGGGACUGCGACGAUGGUUGGUCUUGUCACUGCCAUAACAGCCAUUAUUGGCUACGGCUGUACAGUUCAUAUGUCUGAGGAGGUUCGUGACGCCUCAUCAGCCCUUCCCAAACCUAUCAUGUCAGCAGUCACCUUGAAUGGAUCAAUGGCGUUUGUUGUCCUUGUCACUCUCUACUUUACCUUGGGGAACCUUGACGAGGUCCUUAAUACCGAUACUGGCUACCCAUUCAUCCAAGUUUUCUACAAUGUCACUAAAAGCUAUCCGGCCACCAAUGCGAUGACAUCCAUAGUGGUGUUGGCUAUCAUCUCCAGUGUUAUCACGGAGGUGGCCACUGCCUCCCGCCAACUUUAG